AAUCCCACCUGUGCACUCGGGGGUUCUCUCCAGCUCAUCUCUCCCCCGGCCACGCUGAAUUCCCUUUUCUGUAGGAUAUCUUGAGAAAUGGAUGCCAAGAGUGCUGAAGGAGCAGCAGAUUUUGCUGUCACCUGAAGAGGGAAAGGUGAGUCACGCCGGGCCAGGUGACACACACCUGCCUGGCCAGGUGAGCAGGAACUGAGCCCCGCUGGCCGCUCGCAGGGAGCAGCAGCCAGUUCCUCUCUGGCUUCCUUCCCAGAGGGUGCAUUUAGGAGGGGACAGAGCUCUGCUGCUUUGUGGCCGAGAGAGCCAAACCUGCUGAGUCUGUUCCCUGGCACGCAGUGUGCACGCUGCUCUGUACACAGCGGAAUGAGAUAAAAUAGCUUCCUCCUCCUCGUGUUGCUACCGAAAAACAGUGAUGGGGAAAAAAAAUAAUCCUUCAGCCCCUGCCCUGCCUGUGGUGAGAAGAGCAGCGCAAUCCUUCUUUUGACAGAGUCGGGCAAGGCAAUUUCAUUAUUUAGCAAACAAAGCCCUUUCAGAGAUUUCUGCAUCGUGGAUGUUUUCUCGGCGGCUUUGCACCAGAUUUGUUGCAGCAGCAAGGCCGGAGAGUUUGCCUUGACUCCCCUCACUACCAAAAUAAAUGUACAGGGCAGGAUUGUUCCACUGAGCAGCCGUGACUGGGGAGAGAGAAGAAGGAAGGAGAUGGUACGUGCCGACAGCCCUGAACUGAUUGCGGUGAGGAUUGCUAUGUACGAGAGAGUUCAGGGGGGAAACAGGAGCAAGUCACAGAGGCAGCCGAGGCUCGCAGGAUGGCAAGAGCCAAGCUGAAGAAUUCCCCUUCAGAGAGCAAUUCCCACGUCAAAACCGUCCCACCAGCGACGACAGAAGAUGUCCACGGGGUGAGCCCCUUGUUACCGUCUCGGAGGAUGGGAUCCAUGGGGAGUGAUGUCGGACAAAGGCCUCACGCCGAGGAUUUCAGCGUGGAUUCCUCCUUCUCACAGGUGCAGGUCGAGUUCUACGUGAAUGAAAACACCUUCAAGGAGCGCCUGAAGCUCUUCUUCAUCAAGAACCAGCGAUCCAGCCUGAGGAUCCGGCUCUUCAACUUCUCCCUGAAGCUGCUGACGUGCCUCCUGUACAUCGUCCGCGUCCUGCUCGACAACCCCGAGGAGGGCAUCGGCUGCUGGGAAUGCGAAAAGCAGAAUUACACGGCGUUCAACCAGUCCACGAACAUCAACUGGUCACACAUCUUUUGGGUGGACAGAAAAACCCCUCUGUGGGCCGUGCAGGUCAGCAUCGCCCUCAUCAGCUUCCUGGAGACCAUGCUGCUCACCUAUCUCAGCUACAAGGGGAACAUCUGGGAACAGAUUUUUCGCAUUUCCUUCAUCCUGGAGAUGAUCAACACGGUGCCGUUCAUCAUCACGAUAUUCUGGCCUCCUUUGCGGAAUUUAUUCAUUCCUGUGUUUCUGAACUGCUGGCUGGCCAAGUACGCCCUGGAGAACAUGAUUAACGACCUGCACCGAGCCAUCCAAAGGACGCAGUCAGCGAUGUUCAACCAGGUGCUCAUCCUCAUCUGCACCCUCCUGUGUCUCGUUUUCACGGGGACCUGUGGCAUCCAGCAUUUAGAAAGAGCAGGUGAGAAGCUCUCCCUCUUCAAGUCCUUCUAUUUCUGCAUCGUCACCUUUUCCACCGUGGGCUACGGAGAUGUGACACCAAAGAUUUGGCCUUCCCAGCUCCUGGUGGUGAUCAUGAUCUGCGUGGCCCUGGUGGUGCUGCCGCUCCAGUUCGAGGAGCUCGUCUACCUGUGGAUGGAGCGGCAGAAGUCGGGCGGGAACUACAGCCGGCACCGCGCGCAGACCGAGAAGCACGUGGUGCUGUGCGUCAGCUCCCUCAAGAUCGACCUCCUCAUGGACUUCCUCAACGAGUUCUACGCCCACCCGCGCCUGCAGGAUUACUACGUGGUGAUCCUGUGCCCGACGGAGAUGGACAUCCAGGUGCGGCGCGUGCUGCAGAUCCCCCUGUGGUCCCAGAGGGUGAUCUACCUCCAGGGCUCUGCGCUCAAGGACCAGGACCUCAUGAGAGCCAAGAUGGACAAUGGAGAAGCUUGCUUCAUCCUCAGCAGCCGAAACGAGGUGGACAGAACAGCGGCGGACCACCAAACCAUCCUGAGGGCCUGGGCUGUCAAAGACUUUGCUCCAAACUGUCCUCUCUACGUUCAGAUCCUAAAGCCAGAAAACAAAUUUCAUGUCAAGUUUGCUGAUCACGUUGUGUGUGAGGAAGAGUGCAAAUACGCCAUGCUGGCACUGAACUGUGUCUGCCCUGCCACCUCCACCCUCAUCACGCUGCUGGUGCACACCUCCCGUGGCCAGGAGGGUCAGGAGUCUCCGGAGCAGUGGCAGCGGAUGUACGGGCGCUGCUCGGGCAACGAGGUCUAUCACAUCCGCAUGGGCGACAGCAAAUUCUUCAUGGAGUACGAGGGCAAGAGCUUCACCUACGCCGCCUUCCACGCCCACAAGAAGUACGGUGUCUGCCUGAUCGGCAUCCGCAGGGAGGAGAACAAAAGCAUCCUGCUGAACCCCGGGCCGCGGCACAUCAUGGCAGCGUCGGACACCUGCUUCUACAUCAACAUCACCAAGGAGGAGAACUCUGCCUUCAUCUUCAAGCAGGAGGAGAAGCAGAAGAAGAAGGGCUUUGCGGGCAGGGGCAGCUACGACGGCCCCUCCCGGCUGCCCGUGCACAGCAUCAUCGCCAGCAUGGGAACAGUGGCCAUGGACCUGCAGAACACCGAGUGCCGCCCUGCCAACAGCAGCAAGCUGGCGCUGCCGGCCGAGAACGGCUCGGGCACGCGGCGGCCCAGCAUCGCCCCGGUGCUGGAGCUGGCUGACACCUCCUCCCUGCUGCCCUGCGACCUCCUCAGCGACCAGUCCGAGGACGAGAUGACGCAGUCGGACGAGGAGGGCUCGGCGGUGGUGGAGUACGUGAAGGGCUACCCCCCAAACUCGCCCUACAUCGGGAGCUCGCCCACCCUGUGCCACCUCCUGCCUGAGAAAGCCCCGUUCUGCUGCCUGAGGCUGGACAAGGGCUGCAAGCACAACAGCUUCGAGGACGCCAAAGCCUAUGGGUUCAAGAACAAACUGAUCAUCGUUUCUGCGGAGACAGCCGGCAACGGCCUCUACAACUUCAUCGUCCCGCUGCGGGCGUACUACCGCUCCCGCAAGGAGCUCAACCCCAUCGUGCUGCUGCUGGACAACAAGCCUGAGCACCACUUUCUGGAGGCCAUCUGCUGUUUCCCCAUGGUUUACUACAUGGAGGGCACCAUUGACAACCUGGACAGUUUGCUGCAGUGUGGCAUCAUCUACGCCGACAACUUGGUGGUGGUGGACAAGGAGAGCACCAUGAGUGCUGAGGAGGACUACAUGGCAGAUGCCAAGACGAUUGUCAACGUCCAGACCAUGUUCAGGCUCUUCCCCAGCCUCAGCAUUAUCACGGAGCUGACCCACCCCUCCAACAUGAGGUUCAUGCAGUUCCGAGCCAAGGACAGUUACUCUCUGGCCCUUUCCAAGCUAGAAAAGAGAGAGCGAGAGAAUGGCUCCAACUUGGCCUUCAUGUUCCGGCUGCCCUUUGCAGCCGGGAGGGUCUUCAGCAUCAGCAUGUUGGACACGCUGCUCUACCAGUCCUUCGUGAAGGAUUACAUGAUCAGCAUCACUCGGCUGCUGCUGGGCCUCGACACCACGCCGGGCUCUGGGUACCUGUGUGCGAUGAAGAUCACUGAGGAUGACCUGUGGAUCCGGACCUACGGCCGCCUCUUCCAGAAGCUCUGCUCCUCCAGUGCCGAGAUCCCCAUCGGGAUUUACAGGACGGAGUCGCACAUGUUCGCCACCUCCGAGCCCCACGACAUCCGAGCGCAGUCACAGAUCUCAAUCAAUGUUGAGGACUGCGAGGACACCAAGGACGUCAAGGAGCACUGGGGCAUCAAGACGAGCCACCACCGCAACUCGUGCUCCAGCGACCAGUCGGAGCACCCGCUGCUGCGGCGCAAGAGCAUGCAGUGGGCACGGCGGCUGAGCAGGAAGGGCAACAAGCACUCCAGCAAGACGGCCGAGUGGAUCAGCCAGCAGCGCCUCAGCCUCUACCGGCGCUCCGAGCGGCAGGAGCUGUCCGAGCUCGUCAAAAACCGUAUGAAGCACCUGGGCUUGCCCACCACCGGGUACGAGGAUGUAGCAAAUUUAACAGCCAGUGAUGUGAUGAAUCGGGUAAACCUGGGAUAUUUGCAAGAUGAGAUGAACGACCACCAGAACACCCUGUCCUACGUCCUGAUCAACCCGCCCCCUGACACACGGCUGGAGCUCAACGACAUCGUGUACCUGAUCCGCUCCGACCCGCUGGCCCACGUGGCCAACGAUGGCCACAGCCGCAAGAGCAGCUGCAGCAACAAGCUGGGCCCCGGCAACCCCGAAACGCGCGACGAGACCCAGCUGUGA